AUGUGUGCCAGUGGGUGCUUUCAUUUUCCUGAUGUCGAGCCUGGAAACUCAAUCGUUGAGAAUGAGGUGUGCCCUCACUGCAAUGGACCGCGGUACCAGCAUGAGAGAGGCACUAUAUCACCUGUACAGACAUACCAGGUAGUGCCUCUCUCAGAGAAAUUACGCUUCAAGUUGGCUCACCCUGAAGAAUGGGCAAAGAUCGCCUAUGGCAUGGAGGUUUUGGCUGGUGGCCGAUCAAAUGUCUGUAAGGAUAUUCUUGAUGGAGAUGGCAUCCAUAGACUGCUCGCAGGUGGGAUUGUUGGCCAGGGUGACAUGGUGGUGUCUAUGUUUGUUGACCAGUUCAACCCCUUCAAGGACGCUGCCAUGUCAGCUAGCAUCAUUCACAUUAUUAACAUGAAUAUUAACCCUGCCAAAAGGUACAAGAAGGGUAACAUGAUGCAGCUGGCCAUCAUCCCAGAGCCUAAGCACCCAAAGAACAUUGCUUCGUUUUUGGAGCCCAUCCUUGCCAACCUGCGAGCCUUGCAGACAAGUGGAGUGAAGUGCUGGGACAGAGACCAG